CUCGCCAUCUCCUUGGGGACACCUCAUCUGCAAGACGCUUCGUCUUAUUGCUGUUGAUCUCUUACCGUCUCCGCGAUCAUUUCCAUACCACGAACGAGGCAACCGUUCCAGUGCCCGAGGCCCAAUCGUGGAAGGUUGACCUGCCUGCUAUACCCAUCCAAGCGUGCUCCGAACUACCCGGCAUAUGUCAGAAUAUAGCAGACGCCAUUUCUUAUAAAUCCGGCCAUCUUCGCUGUCGUCGACCGUCUAUCCUCCGGCUGCGAUAAAUAAAAUCUCUUCACCAGGCGGUCGUUGUUUGCCAGUCCCCGCGCUGUCCCCCGCGAGUUCUGCCAGUGCCCCUCCUGUUUCGCUUGGAUAGAUCCACUCGCACUGUUGAUCGCAUCGAUAGACCGUGGCAUUGAAUAUAUUGGAUAGUCUCACCUUGAUCGCAUUAGUUUGAACAUACCCUCCAUCGCCCAACAUCAUGACCUCCGCCCCCACACCCGACAUGACGCCCGCCGAGGCCGAGUCGGUCUACUUCAACAACUACCCUCCCCCCAAGUCCCUCCCGAAACACGAGGCCCUCGCCCGGGCCUUCGUCGACUAUCAUGUCCAAGCGAACCGGCGCCUCGUCCUCGUGACCUCCGGCGGCACCACAGUUCCUCUCGAGAACCAAACCGUUCGCUUCAUUGACAACUUCAGCGCGGGCACGAGAGGUGCCGUGUCGGCGGAAUACUUUCUCCAGCAGGGGUAUGCGGUGAUCUUCCUGCACCGGCAGUUCAGUCUGCUGCCGUACUCGCGGCAUUACAGUCACUCGACCAACUGCUUCCUGGACUUCAUGGACGAGGAGCCGGUGCCGGACGUGGAGGGGGCCAGCGAGUCGGAUCACCGGCCGAUCGUGGUGCGCAGCGAAUACCAGGACCAGAUGCGGGACGUGCUGCGGAAGUACCGGUACGCCAAACGCAACAACCUCCUCCUGUUGCUGCCUUUCACCACCAUCUCCGAGUAUCUCUUUGAGCUGCGGUCGCUGGCCCAGCUCAUGAGGCCGCUGGGCUCCAACGCGCUGUUUUACCUGGCGGCGGCGGUGAGCGAUUUCUUCAUCCCCAGCGACCGGAUGUCGGAACACAAGAUCCAAUCGUCGGAACUGCCGGAGCAUCUGUCCCAGGGCCAGGCGACCGACGGGUCGGACAUCUACACGGGCGGGCUUGAGGCGCAACAACCGUCGCGGAGCAAGAGACUGGUCAUCGAUCUAGAUCCGGUGCCCAAGUUCCUGCACCGGCUGGUGGACGGGUGGGCGCCGGACGGUAGCAUGGUGGUAUCGUUCAAGCUGGAGACCGACCCGAACCUGCUGGUGUACAAGGCGCAGACGGCGCUGCGGCGAUACGCGCAUCACCUAGUGAUUGGGAAUCUACUGACGACGCGCAAGUGGGAGGUGGUAUUCGUGACGCCGGACGCGCCGCACGAGCGUUGGAUCCGAGUGCCGAAGUCGCGGCGCAGCAAGAGCAUUUCCGGCAGCGAGGCGCAGGUCGGGCUGGCGGAGGCCAAGCGGGCGGGCGACUCGGCGUCAGGGGAAACCAGUGGGGGGCAGCAGGGUGAAAAAACCACCUCGGAGGGGGUGGAGAUCGAGAGUCUGAUCAUUCCGGAGCUGGUGCUGCUGCACUCGAACAUGAUCGCGAAACACUCUCCGCAGUAGAGAGUAGAGAAGCCUAGACGUACGGGGGGGGCACUUUUGUGGGCAACGUGGUGGUGGACGCCGGGGAACGGAGAAAGGGUUUCAAGGGGCCGUUCGGAGACUACGGGAGCAGAUAUAGUGUAUCUAGUAACCCUGAGGCAAGAGGGUCCUCGCCAGAUAGAUUAAUAGGGGUCUGAAACUCCAUCUGGCCCUGUCAGCG